AAGCAGGACACCUAAAAUUGCGUCCUCGUAAGCAGUCCAAGGUCUUCAGUAUUCCAAUGUUACUUGGCAGAUAGUGGGCACGAGACAAAUAAUCCCAGAACUCUCACGUGUUGCAACGAUGAGAUGGAGCUUGUGACUCCGCCUCAGCGUCGGUAGUGUUCAUGGUGCAUCCUCUGAGGUGCCUCAGGGCACCUUUCAAUUUUAGGCAACUGACUUGCAAUGCCAGGUCGGUUGCCACUGAAUCAGCCAGCGCAGAGCCAGAAUUGCUUGGAAGGAGAUCGCCAGAACUCCUGCGAGAUUAUCUGCAGAAGUCGCUGUAUGAUCCUCACGAGGGGUACUUUACUUCAUCCAAAGGGGUCCUGCCAGUAGGAUCGAUUGGGCAGCCUCUGCAGUUCAGCAAGCUGCUAGGGCAAGCAGACUAUCUGGCUGCUGUCAAGCAACGCUACAAUGAAUUACAGGUUGGUGUCCAUCUUCAUCAAUCAAUUUUUGCAUCAUGGCUCACGCCCAGCGAGAUCUUCACACCAUACUAUGGUCAAAGCAUAGCGAACUUCAUUCUAGACAAGCAUAGCCAGAUGGCAAAGCCUGACACUCCGCUGCGUAUCUUUGAGAUAGGUGGGGGAACUGGGACAUUGGCAAGGGAUAUCCUGGACCAUCUGAGAUGCUCUGUUCCAGAGGUCUACAGAGAUGUACAGUAUUGCAGUGUGGAGAUAAGCCCCCAUUUGGCACAGCUGCAGAACAGAACUGUUGCAGACGCUGCAGGGCACAGCAGCCAUUAUCAGGUUGAGUGCAGGGAUGCUACUGACCUGCUUGGCUGGGACAGCAGCCAGAGUGAGGAGCCUUGCUUCUUGCUGCUCAUGGAAGUGCUGGACAACUGUCCACAUGACCGAGUGCACAGGGAGAGCACAUCAAAUCCUUGGCUGCAGACAGCAGUGAUUCAAAAGCAAGUGAGCGCGCAUGCCACACUUGAGUUGCUGGAGCCCUUGACAGAUGACUUGAUACAGCAAUGCCUAGCAGUGGGUCCCUGGGAACACAAUGGCAAGCCUGUUUGGCAUCGUCUGCUGGAUUGGGCUAACACAAUUUUCCUCCCGACAAAAUGCAUGAUGUUGCUCGACACGCUCGUGAAGGCUUGCCCAUUCCAUUGCAUCCUUGCUGCAGAUUUUGAUCAGCUUCCUGAGACAAGAAUACCAGGGAAAAAUGCUCCUCUGGCAGCAACAACAGUUGGUGGGCAGACAAUCGAUCACAGCACAUAUUUGAUGGAACCCGGGAGUGCAGACAUAUUCUUCCCAACCGACUUCUACAUGCUAGAGCGCAUGUAUGGAGUGCUGGCAAAACAGGGCUUGGCUUCAGCUGGAGGCAUCUCGACGGCGGUGAUGAAAAGUGAAGCAUUCAUGAAGCGCUAUGCAAGCAUUGCGGACACCACCACAAGCAAUGGAUACAACCCACUGCUGCAAGAUUACUCAAACACUUCGUUCUUUGUAGGCCAGCUAAGUUAA